GGCGCUGUUAUAAAAAACAUCAAUAUUCGCUAAAAAUCAUUUACAGCUUACAUAGAUUUAUAUACAUUUUCCAUAUUCCUUGUUGUCUACAUAACUGAAGUAAAUAAUUUCACAUUACUUUUAAAGUAAAAUAAAAACAUGCAAGGUAAAAUUGUGGCAAGUAGCGAGAUACCCCGGGUACACGGAGAGGACAGUGUGACUACCAACUGGGCGGGCCAGAGGGAGGGCCCGCACUACGUGGAUAGCCCUUCGAUGCCGCUCCGGGUGUCACGUGUCCAGACGUAUCUACCCAUGUACACGGAGCCCGAGAAAACAGCGACUGGAAACUGUCGACUACUGAAACGGCUGUUCAGAGCCACUAUAAACAUCGUCAUAACAGUCGCAAUAUCAGUGUUCGUGACAUAUUGCUUAAUCUACAACCACUUUAUAGCCGAUAAGAUCGGACACAAUGUUGCGGAAGCAAGAGAAAAAAUUAAUCCAACGAACAAAGUAUCGACAUUCGGAGCACUAGCAGGCGAUACAUCGAUGCCUGCCAAUCAGCAUAAUGUGUAUGCUGUGUUCUCUCUGGACCAAGUCGCGUUGAAUAACACUGGAGACAUUAGAUGGCUAAAAUCGGACGGUUCGGAUUCUGUAACCCCAAACAAGACUGACAGCUGUGUCGUAGUUAAACAAGGAGGUCUUUAUGGCGCUUUUUCGCAGAUAACAUUCAAGUUCAGCCCUUCGUCGAAGGAACGUGUCGGUCACAGUAUCUACGUGAUCAGACACGGCACCGCAAACGAAACCAUGAUCCAAAAGAGGAACCUUGAUAAGCCGCAACUGCGACUGGAGACACACACGUUUUUGCAGCCCAGCAAUAUCAACGCGUUCGUAAGCCUCAGUUCAGGAGAUCAGGUGUGUGUAAACCCGUCUCCCCCGGAUAUGGUCUACAAAUCGGCAGUGGACAAUAUUCUGACUGUUGUAAGAUUAGCUAUGUGAUCCAUGUCAUCUUUUGUUGUUUAGCUUAAUGUUAUUUAUUUAUUUAUUUUUUAAUGUUUUGUACAUUGAUUUUUUUAAAAUAUGUACUAUUUUGUCCUCACUAUAUUGUCUUUUUCAUCUGCGAAACGUUCUUUGCUAAAAGCGCUUGUGUUAUGUACCGGUUGUGUCCUUACAUUACCCAACACAGACUGUGAUAAGUACGUUUAUUCGUAACAUGACAAUGCCUAUGGUCCAUCGCAUUAACCCAUGAAAUAACACCUAUCUAGAUUUUUAGCUAUGGUGUGUAGCAUUCAUGUCGCAUGUCCUAUGUAUGAUUAUUUGUUUAACACGUAUGAAGCAAUAUACACUUACGGGUACUAUGCAAUAGUUACUUGUCCUUUCAACAUUAAUCAUUUACUACUAUAAGUAUUUGAUAUACCAAUGUAACAUUUCCAAUUCUUUAACUGGUGCAGAUUUAUUAUUCAUAAUAAAAUUCAUAUCGUCAAAAUACAUGAUAAAAUAUUCGUACAUAUUCAAAACUGAUGUACUGUGCUUAGAAUAUAGCAUGGGCAUAGACAUUUAUACUAUCAGCUGAUGUCACCUUAACUCUGCAAACUCGACAUUUGUAAAUAAUUCGCACACACAUGACUCAAUACUCAUAUUUAGACGCUUCAAUGAAAGUGCCGCUGUUUAAAACUGAGCAUAACAAAGAAGACAACUUAAACUGUGUACAUGAUUAUUGGUUAAUCAGGUAAACUCGACUUAGAACUCUUUGAUAAUCUGAUCUAUAAUUUCUACUUGUAUGUGAUAUUCGUGUUUGGAUUUACAACAUGAAUACAAUCGUGUUUACAUCGUGAUUAUACCUUUACAAUUUUUACCUUACACAUUUCCGUCUGCCUUUUUUAAUUCCAUCAUGUCUAAAUCAGUGACAGGUUCGCUAUUCCCAGCGUGUUCUUAUAUGCAUUCCUAUACACCAAGUUGUACAUCUACAGACGCCGAUGUUUGAAGCCAUAUAAAUACUCAAAAUUAACUAAUAUUUCGUAAAUUAAUGUCAUUGAGACACAAAAAAUAAAAACGAAUAUUGUGUAUCUCUUUAAUCUGUGUUACCAUACCACAUCUAGCAUUGAAAUUGUGUCUAUUGCUAUAAGGAACACUAAUUGUUUAUGGGUUAACUUUAUUUUACGAAAUAUUUUACGAAAUAUUCGUUGAUUGUGUGUAUUUAUAUGGCUUUAAAUCUCAACGGUUGAACGUCAGAUUUUUUUAAAUGGAGAGUCAUUUGCUAAAAAACUAAUUACCAUGCUGACUUAUUGUUUAAUGUCGUUCUUGUUUUGUUAUAACUGUUUAUGCACGAAUUUAUGUUUCCUCAUAUGUUUGUUCUUGUUGAUCCUGAGUUUGUUAUGAUAUUUCUCAAAAAUCAGGAUAGUAGCUGUUGAAUGUUACCACCCCGGGCAUGAUCAGUGUAAAAUAAGUGAAUAAUAAGUUUAUAAAAAUUGCCACUAACGCUUAAAACAAUUUACUAGAGAAUACCUUAUUUAUCAUUGACAAACCACAUGAAAGCUCAGCAAUGUAUAAACUGAUAAACAAUGGGAUCAAAACUUCUAAUGUGGUAUCGCUAAGCGUGGAAGAAUAGUCGACCUUGUUAAACUUGUGUUUUUUUUAUUGAUAGUUAACUUUUACAGAAAUUCCCCUUGAACUGCUUAGGCCAUAUUAUAUAUAUGCU